AUGGCAAGCACUUAACCACUAUGCUUACCGCGAUGCAGUAUUCCUUGCAGAAAGAUUAUAUGCAGAAGGCUUGCAGAAGGAGAGCAGAUCUUAUCUGGUGGAGUGUUGAAUAAACAGAAAAGCCAUGAUGACAUUGUUAUGGAGUUUGGUGACUCUGCAUGCUUUACACUCUCCUUACUGGGACAUGUCUACUGCAAGACAGACCGGCUUGCCAAAGGAUCAGAAUGUUACCAAAAGAGCCUUAGUUUAAAUCCUUUCCUCUGGUCCCCUUUUGAAUCACUAUGUGAAAUAGGUGAAAAACCAGACCCCGACCAAACAUUUAAAUUAACAUCUUUACAGAACUUCAGCAGCUGUCUGCCUAACACUUGCACAACAUUGGUAUCUAAUCACAACAUAUCCCACAGACAGCCUGAGACUGUCCUGAUGGAAACGCCGCAAGACACAAUUGAGUUGAAUAGAAUCAACCUAGAAUCCUCCAAUUCAAAAUAUUCCUCCUUGAACACGGAUUCUUCUAUGUCUUACAUUGACUCGGCUGUAAUUUCACCAGAUUCUGUCCCUCUUGGGUCAGGAACUUCCAUAUUGUCUAAACAGGCUCAAAAUAAACCAAAAACUGGGCGGAGCUUACUGGGGGGACCUACAUCUUUGAGCCCACUAACUCCAAGCUUUGGAAUUUUGCCACUAGAAACCCCAAGCCCUGGAGAUGGAUCGUAUUUACAAAACUACACAAACUCUUCUUCUGUAAUUGAUGUGCCAUCCACAGGAGCACCUUCAAAGAAGACUGUCAGCAGGAUAAGCCAAGCUGGAACAAAAUCUGUCUUCUCACAGAGCGGAAAUAGCCGGGAAGUCACUCCAAUUCUUGUUGCACAAACACAGAGCUCUGGCCCACAGACAAGUACUACACCUCAGGUAUUGAGCCCAACAAUUGCUGCUCCACCAAAUGCACUGCCUCGAAGAAGCUCUCGCCUCUUUACUAGUGAUAGCUCUACAACAAAGGAAAAUAGCAAAAAACUAAAAAUGAAGUUUCCACCUAAGAUUCCAAACAGAAAAACAAAAAGUAAAACAAAUAAGGGAGGAAUAACUCAACCAAACUUAAAUGACAGUUUGGAAAUUACCAAACUGGACUCUUCCAUCAUUUCAGAAGGGAAAAUUUCCACUGUUGCACCACAGAUCCAGGCUUUUACGCUACAGAAGGCAGCAGCAGAAGGUUUGAUGAGCCUUCUUCGUGACAUGGGGAAAGGUUACUUAGCCUUGUGUUCGUACAACUGCAAAGAAGCGAUAAGUAUUUUAAGCCAUUUGCCAUCCCACCACUACAACACUGGCUGGGUGCUGUGCCAAAUUGGGAGAGCUUACUUCGAACUUGCAGAGUAUAUGCAGGCUGAGAGAAUAUUUUCAGAAGUAAGGAGGAUCGAAAACUACAGAGUAGAAGGCAUGGAGAUCUAUUCAACUACGCUGUGGCAUCUGCAGAAAGAUGUUGCUCUUUCAGUUCUCUCCAAGGAUUUGACGGACAUGGAUAAAAACUCACCAGAGGCGUGGUGUGCUGCAGGAAACUGUUUCAGCUUGCAACGAGAGCAUGACAUUGCCAUCAAGUUCUUCCAGAGAGCCAUUCAAGUUGAUCCAAACUAUGCUUAUGCCUACACCCUGUUGGGGCACGAAUUUGUGUUAACAGAAGAACUAGACAAAGCAUUAGCUUGUUUUAGAAAUGCAAUCAGAGUCAACCCUAGACACUAUAAUGCAUGGUAUGGGUUGGGAAUGAUUUACUACAAACAGGAAAAAUUCAGUCUAGCAGAAAUGCAUUUCCAAAAAGCACUUGAUAUCAAUCCUCAGAGCUCAGUCUUACUGUGUCACAUCGGAGUAGUCCAGCAUGCACUGAAAAAAUCUGAAAAGGCGUUGGAUACUUUAAACAAAGCUAUUAACAUUGACCCCAAGAACCCGCUAUGCAAAUUCCAUAGAGCUUCUGUAUUAUUUGCGAAUGAAAAGUACAAGUCUGCUUUACAAGAACUUGAAGAACUGAAACAGAUUGUUCCCAAAGAGUCUCUUGUUUACUUUUUAAUAGGAAAGGUUUAUAAAAAACUGGGUCAGACGCAUUUGGCCCUAAUGAAUUUCUCAUGGGCGAUGGACUUAGAUCCCAAAGGAGCCAAUAACCAGAUUAAAGAGGCCAUUGAUAAACGUUACCUUCCAGAUGAUGAGGAGCCGAUAACUCAAGAAGAGCAAAUCAUUGGCACGGACGAAUCCCAAGAGAGCAGCAUGACGGAUGCAGAUGACACACAGCUCCACGCAGUUGAGAGUGAUGAAUUUUAA